AGUAGUUUCAUCUUUCUCGCCAUAUCAUUAGGGUUUCUCUUGUUUAUUUUAGAGAACGGAGGGUUCCUAUAUUUAUCUACUGUCUUUCUGGGGUUUCCUUUUUCUCUCACACUCUAGGGUUUGUUUUAUAUCUCUCUCAAAGCUCUAGAUACAGGGUUGUAUAUCUUUCUAAAGGUCUUCCCUUAGGGUUUCUUUCCUAUCUCUCUGUCAUGGUGAAGGCCAAGGCAAAGGAGGCCACCUCUAAUGGAGGUGCUGAGGACGUCAAAUCGGACGAUGAGAAGUCACAACCUCACACAGGAGAAGGUGCAAGUCCAGGAAAGAUUUUCAUUGGGGGUCUUGCAAAGGAAACAACUCUAGCUACUUUUACCAAGUAUUUUGGGAAGUAUGGGGAGAUCACAGAUUCUGUGAUAAUGAAAGAUCGAAGAACUGGACAGCCCCGUGGGUUUGGAUUUGUGACUUAUGCUGACCCAUCUGUUGUUGACAAAGUAAUCCAAGAAAACCAUGUUAUCAAUGGGAAGCAGGUGGAAAUUAAGCGAACCAUUCCUAAGGGAUCUAUUGGCUCUAAGGACUUCAAAACUAAGAAGAUUUUUGUUGGUGGUGUUCCCACUUCUGUUACUGAUGAUGAGUUCAAAGACUUCUUCUCGAAGUUUGGAGAGGUCAAGGAGCACCAAAUCAUGCGUGACCACUCUACUAACCGUUCUCGAGGUUUUGGGUUUAUUACAUUUGAGACUGAGCAAGCUGUUGAUGAUCUUCUAGUUAAGGGAAAUAGAAUAGAGUUGGCAGGAGCCCAGGUGGAGAUCAAGAAGGCUGAACCAAAGAAACCUAAUCCACCACCACCCAAGUAUGGCCAUGAGUCUAGGCCCCCUAUCGGUGGGUUCGGGGAUGUGUAUGGUGGUUAUGGGGGUGGUGGUUUUGGGGCUAGCUCGUAUAGGUCAGGUGGAGGCUUCGGCUCUAGGCCCGGGGGCUAUGGUGGGUAUGGAGGCAGUGACUUUGGGAGUGGUUAUGGUGGUUAUGGUGGUAGCGGUCUAGGUGGAUUCAGGGGUGAGCCAUCGCUUGGUUAUUCUAGCCGUUAUGGUGGUGGAGGCUUCGGUAGAGGUUAUGAGAGUGGAAUGUUAGGGGGAUAUGGUGGAGCUGGUGAGGGCUAUGGAAGUGGUGGCUAUGGUGGUGGUGGCUAUGGUAGUAGCUAUGACUCAGGCCUAGGGGGAGGCUAUGGUGGUCCAGGUGCUGGUGGUGGAGGCAGCCUAUAUGGAAGUAGGGGAGGUUAUGGAGGAGCUGGUGGGGCUGGUCGUUACCAUCCUUAUGCAAGGUAGAAGGCUCCUUCUUCUUGAUCAGGCCUUAACCUCUCCAUAGAGAGGUGAGCUGGCUCAUCCAGGUUCAUAGGAUCCUCUUUCUAUUAAUUCCAAGUUACCUGGCAUUGAACACAUUAGUUGUUUUUGGUUUGUAUGCUAGAGGGGUCGUUCCAUAUAAAAGGGGCCUUUUGCUCAUAUUAGAAUUCCUUAUGAUUUAAGUGAGCAUGCUAUGUUAGAUUUCCUCUGGUUGGAGGGGAGUUUUUGGUGUUUCUAGUGAGAACUUUGACUUAAUGGACAAAACUAGGGUUCCAUACUUGUUUCAUAUGUUUCCAAAUCAGUCAGAUUGUUGUUUCUUAGCUCAUUAGCUUUUGGGUGCUGUUUCCUGUAUAUGUUAUGUUUGUUAGCAAGAAGGAUUAGUUUUUAUU